GAUGGAGCCCUGCUAAUGUGUCCGCUGAUUCUCCGAGAACAAUUGCCAACUUAUUAUUGUGCAAAUGCCGCACACGGGUUAAUCUACGGCUCAGUCACAGGGAAGACACCGACUCUAUUCUAAGCUGCCUCACCAUCAGAAUUGAAUAUUAGGACGUUUUGUGUAACAAGAAACGGAUCAGUAAAGAGAACAGUUGUUCAGCAUGCCAUUGGCAGUUCCUAAUAUCUACAAGGUGUUUGAACUUCAAAGUCUACAUUUCCCAUGAGGAAUGAAACUGACUUCCAUAUCUUUUAAUUUUCUAACUUCACAAGCAUCAAUUACUAUACUGUUAGCUGUAAAACGCUCCGGACACAAAUUCUAACGUGGUAGACAGUUGUGCGGAACUUGACCACGAGGAAGUCUCUACAAUUUGUAAUUACUGAUUUGAAGAAUCGCACAUUUUUGGAUAAUUACUUUUCAUUUAUUAUCUAUCGCUGCAACUGUGUCAACAGAUUAUCCAAUUCAGAAUCGAGAGCUGGAUUAUUCUUGUGCAUUUAUCAUAUAUGCAAAAGAGUCAUACUGCCCAAGAUUUAAUCUCAUAAAAACUGCACACUACUUGCGCUGCUGCAUAAAACAUCUUAAUUGACGGAUGUCAUAUUAACGGGACAAUCUCAUCUCAACCAUUCUGGAUUUCUUUUCGGAAGGAUUACAACACAGGCAACAAGAGGGAACUUUACACCUUGAAAAGCAUUCAUAUCAAGCAGUGAUAUAAAAAGCAAAAAUCUAUUCUUUAUCAGUGUUGAAGCUGAGAGUUUCUGUCAGGACUCAUCUCAUAAGAACCAAAAUUACUUCCUUAAGGAUAAAUCUCUGAUCUGGAAAAUCGUCUGGAACCAUUUAAAUCUACCCAAAAUGCUAGGGUAUUAUCAAUGGAUUUGAAUGCUAGUUCUUGAGCGAUUCAUCAAAACGGUAAUCACGAUUUUUAAACAAAUAUCAUUACUGAUAUUUGGAAAAGCUGAACUGUUCAAACCCGUGGGAGAGCGUCAGCUGAUGAUUCAACAAGACAAAUUACAAAUCGCACAAAACCAACACAUGAAAAUGAUUUGCGAGUUGAAAUCCAUAUCUAACACCUGUUGGAAUAUGAAAAAGUAAUUAAUAAAUAUUUACCUGUUAUUGAACAAAACAAAUUAAAUACUAUUUAGAGGCCUGACAUAUCAAGAUACUUGAUUCAUUGUGUUAUUAUUACAACAAAAUACAAUCAAUGUCAACUGAUCCACAACUGCUGAGAUUACAGAGUUACAGAUUUACUUUGUGAAAAGGCUCAAGAUGGCGCAUAUCUUCAGCAAUAUCGUUCAGAUAAUAUUUUUAAUUGAAAUGUUGGCCCUUGGAAAUUCUCUUGAUUUCCAAAUUACACCCCAGAACAUAACUACGCUUAAAGGUAAUGUAGCACAAUUUAUGUGUAUUCUUACAGGGCUUGAAGACAAUCACGUAGUAAGAUGGUAUCGUAAUAAUGAACAAAUUUCAGAAGGACCCAGCGUUUUCCCACAAUAUGCAUCAUCAAUGAGAAUAGACACGGACUUAGAACUUUUUCACUAUAACCUUGUCAUACCUUCCGUCAGUAGAGAUGAUAAUGCUACAAACUAUCACUGUUCCGUUUACGAAGGAAGUCAGCGAAGGCUCAUAUCUACAGAUACAGCAAUUUUAAUCGUGCAAGAAAUACCUAACCUAGAAUACUACCCGAAUUGUAAACGAAGUGACAAAACAUUUCACGAAAACAGAAAUGCUAAUUUGGUUUGCAUGUCGGAAAAAGGUUACCCUGUAGUGAAAUUAAAAUGGUACUAUAACGGGCGCGAGUUGGACCAGCAUGUAGAGUACAGCGAUAUGGUGACAGCUACAACUAGAGUGGCGAUUAGCAAAGAGCAUAAAGAGGCAUCUUUUGUAUGUUCGCUAACAACGGAAGUUGAUAUCAAUCUGAGUAAAAACUGCACCAUUGGACCGAUUCCUGUGCUAUACAAACCGACAACCGAAAUCCAAGGUCAGGAUAUAUUAUAUGAAGGAACUGAUGGUGUUUAUGUAUGCUACUCAGAUGCAAGCCCAGAGGUAAAAGACUAUACAUGGGAUUUACCAAAACAUCUACCACCCGAUAAAUACGAGUAUGAGAACAACAGACAAGUAUUAAGAUUAAUUGGACUUACUAAAAAUGAUAACGGUACAAUCAUAAAAUGCUCCACGAGUAAUUCAGAAGGGAAAGAUGUUGGUAAAUUUAUCAUAAGAGUAAGUGGACAAGAAUCAAUAUCUGAAGUUAAUGGCCUUCCAACCGGGUCAAGUAGUGUUGAUCCAAAUAAGAAAACCAGUUCAACAGCAGCGAUGCUUUCAGUUGUCGGUGGAUGUUUGCUUUUCCUGGCUUCGAUAAUGGCAUUUUUACUUUGUAGUAUCAUACUCUACACAAGGCGACAAGCUGGAAUUUACGCGGGUAAUCAUGUCCCACAACCUGAUGUUUAUUACGUACCAAAAGAUAGCAUUGACGCCACCUCCGGUAGCACAUAUCAAACGGGAAAAUGGAAACGAUCAAUUGCAACUCAAGUACCUAAUGAUUUGGAACUGGAAUCCAUAACAUACGCAGAAAUUGAAGAGGGUAAGAAGUUAAUCAACAGCUACCGUACGCUUAAAAGCACAAAUAUAAAAGAAGAAGCUAAGUAACUGUUGAAUACAGUAUUCACAUACAUUAACUGAAGAAUAAUCAUAAGCGGUCGAUUGUUAACUUUCAGGAAAAGUUUGUUAUGAAAAAACUUAAUAUUCACACAGGGAGGUGAAAUGAACUUUAUUAAUCAAAUAAUCAAUUUAUUUUCUAAUCAAUUCUUUUUGAUAAUUUGUAUUUGCUUGCUAAGUAGUCCUCUUGGGAAAAAUCCUAGGAGUUAAGGUAUGUCAUGCGGAAACCAAGAGACUGCAGAGAAGCCUCAAUGAAUGUAGGCCAUAUGAUUACAUAAAUGCACAAGGAGGUAGGAUGACAAUUUAUAAUGUUAAAAUUCUUCUAUGCUGUAUAACAUCUAUGUCAUUUUGUGUGGGUGUGAUUGAAGGUACAUGUAUUGAUGUGGAUGUGAAUGCAUCUGUGUGCCCAAAGGCCGAUCUAGAAAUUCAAAAUAGAAGGGGCCCAGGAAGGGAAUUUUACUAUAGCUGAAAGGCUCCAAUUACUUCAGUUCCACAAGUUGGAGCUCAAUCAAUCAAUCAAUCAAUCAAAGCAACAUUUAUUUUCUUUGAAUUGAGAAAAAAGAAACAGUACAAUGUAAAGUAAGGUAAAUUAGCUGAAGUAGAACCUUUGAUUUUAUGUCAAUGGUACCUCUAGAUGGCCAGAAAUUUGUUAUUUUAAAAAAUUUAUUGAGCCCCGCUGCCUCCUUGAUUACGCUUUUGGAGAAUGCUUGCUUCUUCACUACAUGCUUUGCAACUAAGUGAAGUAAAACCCUAUAUAGAGCUAUGCUAAUUGUAUCCAAGUAUGAAUGGGAGAUGUGGGUGAGGGUGUGUGAUGAUAUGUAUUUGUGUCUUAUUUAUCACAAAUUUGAAAACGAUUAUACUCCUGUACUAUCUGCUUUAUUACCGUGGAAAGCAAAUAAAUUUUUAGCUCGGCCAAAUUGCAUGAGUGUAGAUAGGUGGGUGAAGUCUUGAAAUUGGGGUGCUGAUGAGGGGCGUGAAGGUGAAGUGGGAGGGGCUUGAUGAUCAGUUGAAGGGCGCUAACUUGCAAAAUAAUUUUAGGUUAUUUUUAACUACUUGACCAUGAUUUUUUGGGGGGCGCCUAGGGGGCACAACUAGGGAAAACGACUAGGGGGCACGACUAGGGGGUGCAACUGGGGCACGUGUAAUUUUUGGAGUUGAUGCACCCUCGUGCACCCCCUAGAUAAACCACUGGGUGGGUGAGGUUUGGUAUGUGGUAUAUUUUUUUUUUUAAAACAAAAUUGCUCCAACCGGGAUCCAAACCUGGGACUUUCUGCUGCCUAUGCAGGUGCCUUAACCAACUGGUGGGCACAUGUAUAAAUAUAUAGACAUUUCAUGCAUGGCAGUAAGUAAAAUUUAUAUUUAACUUUUUUUAAACAUGAUUUGGAUGUACGAUUUUACAGGAAACAAAACAUCCAUCAAUUAAAUUGAGUGCACUUUUACAUUAUAAUAGGCAAUGCUCUAAUCCCGGGCUUAUGAAUACAAGUGUUAAAAUUUAAUGCAUUUUUAAUGUCUGAAUUCUAAGAUCGGUUUGAAUUUCAUGACAUUCACACAGAGUCACUGAUGAAUUCUCCUGUGAUUUUUUUUCAGUUUUGUUCUCAACUCUACAAGGUUGUUGAUAAUAGAUAAUGGUACAGAAUAUUAUUAGGUUCAUUGAUUACAAAUACAAUCCUCAAAUAAGUCUAUAACAUUUUAGAAUAUAAGUAUUAAGAUUUACAAACAUUGACUACCAAUUAACUUAUUGAUUACAAUAAGGUUAUUGAUUACUAAUGGUAUUACCAAUAAAAGUAUUUGUUGACAAAUAGCUUUAUUCAAUAAAACAAAAGAUAUUAAUUACCUGUGAGGAUUAUAAUGUAAAGAUAAAUUAUCAAUAUAUGUAUUGGUUAUCAAUAAGAAUAUUUAUUACCAAUUAGUUUAUUUAUUACUAUUAAUGGUAAUAAAAGCUAUCAACAUAUAAUUGAUUAGAAAUAAGAUUAUUCAAUAUAAAUGAAGAUAUUGAUUACCAUUAAGGAUUAUAAUGAUAAAUUAAGAUUCAGAUAAUUUCAGACAUAGUCAGGAUAUUGUUUUGGAAUUUAAUAUCUUGACCAUAUUUCCUUAUUAGGUCAGCUUAGCUCAGUUGGCUAAACUGGAGGUAGCCACUGUGUAUGUUGAAUUGUGAUGAACUUGAUCCCUGUGGUCCUGGUUUAAAUCCCAUCUACUGCUCUCUUUGUGUUUCUGUUGGGAGGGCUGAAAUGCAAGUUUCAAUACAACACAACUUUCGGACGAGGUUUAACAUAUUGGCCUUGUGUGCAAUAUUGCUCAUGUGUAUGUUUAAAAAUGCAGUAGUCUCGGGAUUGUCACCACCAGAAAAAACACACUGUAAGUACUUUUCAGAAUUCAGACUUUUGUGGUUAUCCACGGGGUAUACCACAUGGAAGAAAUCCAAUCCAAUAUUAAAGGAAGCCAAUUUUCUGGUAUUUGGGCUACAAAUGCAUUCUAUAUGCGAUUUUCAACAACUAUUCUAUACAAAGGGUUGAUGUGAAAAUAUCGUGUAAUUUAUUCGCAAAUAAACUUUUUGGUCAUAGUAAGAUUUUCAACUAUACGAUGAAUUGUAAAAAGGGACUUGUAACCUAAACGAUGAUUGAUAAUGCAUACUUGAAGGUCCCAAACUCUGGUGCUGCUGAUGUUAACUGUAAGCAGGUACAUUUUGUAUGUUGCAUGUGUCGUUUCUUUCAAAAUUAGCAUAUGGCUAUGGGCACCUUCGAUAUGUUUAAUAAAUGUAUAAAUUAAUGAAUGGCA